CUGAAAGUUCAUUAAAUGCCCACUGAAACUCUCGUAAAGAUGAAGCGAAGUUUACAUCAAUUGGUAUUGUUUUUAAGUUUACUGGGUGUGCAAUGCGGCAUAUUAACACCACAGGGGUUAACUUCAAAUUAUGCAAUUCACAUGACUAGCUCAGUUGACAAUCAGGUCAUAGAUACACAACAGACUUCAAGGCCAAAUACACACUGACUUGGAUAACAUAGUCUGUGCAGAAAAAGCUCUAUCAACAACAUGGUGUUCCGACUCUGUCUGUGUGUAGGCAUGCUGUUUGCUGGUGGAUAUGCCAACAACACCAUUGACUAUUGUCGGUUUCUGGUCAUCUACGACACAUUUAAGACAUCCGUGGAUCAAUUUCUGACUUCAGGGAAUGAGAACUGUGGGAACACGGAGAGAGAAAACACAGACAACCGCGUUAAUGAACUCGAGAACAAAGUUGAGAAGCUGUUAGAUGACCACAGAAGCAAAGAUAUUCGUCACAGGGCCAUGGAGGCAGCCUUAGCCAACCUGGUAUUGGAGUCGACUGUAGAUUGUGGUCCUCCACCUCCUGCAGAUGGCGCAGACGUUGUCUUCACUUCAACAGGUCUUAAUGCCAUGGCCAGCUACAAAUGCAAGGAGGGUUUCUUCAACAUCCUCCCUGGUAAACAGAUGAUCAGCUUUUGUCAGAAUGAUGGACAGUGGAGCAUGGUCAGCGUGAAGUGUGCCGACAAAAGCAAAGACAAGCGUGUUAAUGACCUCGAGAACAAAGUCGACAAGCUGUUGAAUGACAAGAAAAACAAAGAUAUUCGUAUCAGGGACAUAGAGACGGCUCUAGCCAACCUGACGUCGGAGCUGAAUGUAGAUUGUGGUUCUCCAACUCCUCCAGAAGGCACAGACGUUGACUACAGUUCAACAGGUCUUUACGCCAUUGCCAACUACAGAUGCAAGAAGGGUUUCCUUAACACCCAUCCGGGUCAACAGAUGAAGAGCUUUUGUCAGAAAGAUGGGCAUUGGACCAUCAACAUGAAAUGUCCCAACAUAUCUGUUUGCUGGACGGCACCUGCUGGGGUAGCGUUUUACACCGGAACUCGAUCAACAACCAUCACGGGCAAGGCUUGUCAGCGAUGGGAUGCUCAGACGCCACACACCCACGUCAAUAAUGUAAAUAUGAAGUUUUCCAUCCCAGGAUUUGACACUCCCCAAACUGUCACAGGAUCUGCUAACUACUGCCGAGACCCAUCUUAUGCCGGUUUUUUGUGGUGUUACACCACGAACCGAAAUUCACGCUGGGAAAAGUGUGAUGUCCCAAAGUGUAACCCCUAGAAUUGACUGGGUUACAAUAUGAAACUGACCCAGUACCUUCUGUCCUCGUCCACUCUUCCACCAAACAGUGUUAUCUUUACUACUGUUAGAUCUUUCUAUGUUGUGGGUUGGGAGGAAUUCGUGAUUUUGCAACAUUAAAAU